GAACCCUAAGAAAAGGCCCAAGUCGGCUUCCUUAAACUCUCAGCCGAACUCUUCUGUCUGAGUUCGCCUGCAGCAUAUCCUUCCUCUCGUCCGCAGUCGCCGUGCAAGGUAUCAUCCAAAAGGAGUUAAAGUUCCGUUCAUUGAUUUUUUUUCAAACUUUCAUGCUUUGUUUAUACAUUGUUGCUUUAAUUCUCUCUGAAUCAAUAUUUUUUGCAUGAUGUCCGUUUCCUGCAUUUGGAUUAGGGUUUAUGUUACGAAGCAGACAUUUCUUACUGCAGGCUUUCCAAUCAUUAUCACCUUUUGCAUUUAAAAUCCGCAUUCCCCCCUGUUACUAACAAAAUGUUCCUUUUUAAUGGAUCUAAUUCUGAUAUAGCGUUAUUGCUUAAAGAUGGUGAGAGUCAGCGUGCUGAAUGAUGCUCUUAAGAGCAUGUACAAUGCUGAAAAGAGGGGGAAGCGACAGGUCAUGAUAAGGCCUUCCUCAAAAGUCAUUAUUAAGUUUCUUCUAGUGAUGCAAAAGCAUGGAUACAUUGGAGAGUUUGAGUAUGUAGAUGAUCACAGAUCUGGUAAAAUUGUGGUUGAAUUGAAUGGAAGGUUAAACAAGUGUGGCGUGAUUAGUCCUCGUUUUGAUGUUGGUGUUAAGGAUAUUGAGAGUUGGACUGCUAGGUUACUUCCAUCAAGACAGUUUGGAUACAUAGUGCUGACUACAUCUGCUGGAAUCAUGGAUCACGAGGAAGCCAGAAGAAAGAACGCGGGAGGAAAAGUUCUUGGUUUCUUCUACUAGCAUGAUUGUUCUAGGCUGGUUGUGUUCGCAUGUAUCUCUGCCUAACCAUUCAGUCCAAUGAAUUUUUUAUGUUCGCUUUUAUUUUAUUCCUCUCAUCGGAUAUGAGUAGAUUUUGCUGCCUGUGAAAGAUAUUAGUGUUCCCUUGAAAAUGAUUUUUGGAUUUGAGUCGAUCACUUUAAAAGAAAAUAUUUUCCUUGGAAUUUUCUUCUUGGAUGUGCAACUUGGUCUCAUAUAUUCAAUAGUCCAAAAUGAAAUGCAUCCAUAGUUCAAGUACAC